AUGAACAAGUCAAGGGAUUGGAAUAUUGUAGAUGAUGAAUUAAAUCGAAAAUUAAAAUAGUUACAUGAAAUAAAAUCAUAAUUGGAUGACUAAUCGACUGAAUAGCUACUUUAGAAUAAGGAUUAGAAUUAGGAGUAUAAUAGCGAUGUUAAUUAUUAUAAGGAAUUUUGGAGAUAUUACAUUCUAAAUGAGAUGGCUAUAAAAAAAGUUAAUGAACUUCAUUCUUAAAAUUAAAAAUUGCUUGAGUUGUUAGGAGAUAUUGAUAAAUUAUAAUAAGAAUUGCAUAUUGCUUUAAGUUAUCGUCAUAAAAAGAAAAAUAGAAGGACUUCGUAAGAGAUUGAGAAGAGUUUUAUUUGUCCUUACGAAAAAUGCAAUAAACAGUAUGGAAGCGAUGUUUCUUUGAAUCUGCACAUCAAAUUGAAACACGAUGGAGGCAAUAAAACCGACAGAGAGAAGUUUGCUAAGAUGAUCAUUGAGGCUCAGUAGAAUGGCGAAACCAUCACAGACCUAAACAUUAGUAUCAAAUUCCCUCCUGGCUAUUUAGAUGUAAUUAUUCAAAUCAUUCUAUAGUAAUUUAAGAAUCAGUUUUUGAAUACGCCAUAAAAUUAGUUAAGUUAAGAAGGAAUGCCAAUUGGAUAAGAUUGA